UUUUCCUUUGUCCUCCCCGGCUACAAUCUCCUCCCGCGAUGCCUACACAAGCCCUAUCCACCGGCCUGGGCACCACAAUAAUGCCUGAUACCGGAAAAGGGGCACCUGGCCACGGCCGACAGGCGUCCCGAACCAGCAGCACUCAAGGCGCCAUGAUUGCCCCCCGUGGGCUGCGCGCGUGCUCACGCGUCGUUAGCACGCCAUACUGAAGCGCUAGCCAUAAUAUACUCCCCCACGCCGUAUCUCCACUCAUCUUUCUUUACUCCUUCCUCAUACCAUCCUCCACCUCCUCCAUCCCCCUCCACCAUCAUGUCUGAGGCAUCUGCAGCGUUCUAUAAGGAGCCCGAGUUCGAGACGAUCCAGCUGCAUGGUGGGCAGCGUCCGGAUCCUGCGACGAACGCGCGCGCGGUGCCGAUCUACGCGACGACGAGCUUCACCUUCAAUGACUCUGCUCACGGCUCCGAUCUCUUCAACCUCAGGACGGGGGGUUUCAUCUACUCGCGCAUAGGCAACCCCACGGUGGACGUAUUCGAGCAGCGGAUAGCGCAGCUUGAGGGGGGUGUCGCCGCAGUGGCCGUCGCUUCCGGCCAAGCUGCCCAGUUCCUCGCGAUCACUGCGAUCGCAUCUGCCGGCGAUAACAUUGUGUCAACAUCUUAUCUCUAUGGAGGCAGCUACAACCAGUUCAAGGUCACCUUCAAGAAGUACGGGAUCGAGACGCGGUUCGUGACGGGCACGAACCCGGAGGACUUCAUCCCCGCGAUCAACGAGAAGACUAAGGCGAUCUACAUUGAGAGUAUCGCCAACCCGAAGUUCAACAUCUUUGAUAUCCCCGCCAUUGCCAAGGUCGCCCACGACCACGGCAUCCCGCUCAUCAUCGACAACACCUUCGGUAUCGGCGGUUACCUCAUCCGCCCUAUCGAGCACGGCGCGGAUAUCGUCGUCCACAGCGCGACGAAGUGGAUCGGCGGGCACGGAACCACCAUCGGUGGUGUGAUUGUCGACAGCGGCAAGUUUGACUGGCGCAAGUCGGGCAAGUUCCCGGGCUUCACUGAGCCAUCGGAGGGCUACCACGGCCUCAUCUUUAGCGACACCUUCGGCGCCGCUGCGUUCGCCGUCAAGGUCCGAACAGAGCUUCUCCGUGACGUCGGCCCUUGCCUGAGCCCCUUCGCCGCUUUCCUCCUCCUCCAGGGCCUUGAGACCCUCUCCCUCCGUGGCGAACGCCACAGCAAGAAUGCCCUCGCCCUCGCCCGCUGGCUCGAGCAGCACCCACACGUCGCCUGGGUCUCUUACCUCGGACUCGAGUCGCACUCCUCGCACGAGCUCGCGAAGAAGCUCCUCCGUGUGCCGGGCGAGUACGGCGGUAUGCUCAGUUUCGGCGUCAAGGGCGACGCCGCGACGGGCUCAAAGCUCGUCGACAGCCUGAAGCUCGCUAGCAAUCUGGCAAACGUCGGCGACGCGAAGACGCUCGUCAUCCACCCCGCCAGCACGACGCAUUCGCAGCUCACGGAGGAGGAGCAGUUGGCGUCGGGCGUGCGGCCAGACCUCAUUCGGAUUUCCACCGGUAUUGAGUCGAUCAACGACAUCAUCGCCGAUUUUGAGGGUGCGUUCAAGGCGACCUUCGGGCAGUGAGGGCAUGAAUAAGUAGAAGAAACGUUCCGCUUGGGUUCGGGACAUGUAUUGAUUUUGUAUAUUAUACCAUAUGUGAACAAGACUAUUGUAUCUUCACGUGCA